AUGGUUGAAUGGGCGUCCUGUCCUUCCUGCGGUAAGGAAGACUUGAAUGCAGGGCCUUUAUAUGCCCAUUCUAGGGUUAAAGUUGCUCAUAGACGGGAUGCAACAAAUCUCCCGUGCAUUUAUAUUCAAGAAAUAGCAAUCUAUGAGGUUGUUUUCAGAGAGACUAGCCACGGGAACGCCGAGGACUUGGGGGGUGCCCUUCGCUACGUUCGCGGCUUCAUGGCUGCUCUGGGUGUCUCUAUCUGCUGCUACGAGUACAGCGGCUACGGCCACAGCAGAGGACAGGGCCCCAGCGAGACUCAUGUCUACGCUGACAUUGAGGCAGCCUUCAAUCAACUGAUCCACAGGCACCAUGUGCCACAAGAACAGAUCGUCGUUGUGGGCAGAAGCCUUGGCACAGGCCCCUCAACGUUCCUCGCCGCGAAGUACCCAGGCAUCAAGGCCCUCGUCCUCAUUAGCGCCCUAGCCUCCGUCUACAGGGUUUCGAUUCCCGUCCAAAUACAGUCGCUACCAGGCGACAGGUUCUGUAGCAUAGAUAGAAUGCUAAAGGUGAAAGCCCCCUUGCUGCUUUUACAUGGCACAAACGAUAAACUCACGUCUCCGGAACACGCGAGGGCCCUUGCAGAGAAAGCAGGGGCCGAGUACAGCGUCUGCUGCUUCUUAUCGGGUGCCACACACCGAACCAUCCUGUCCUCUGACUGGAGGCCUAUUAUUAACGACGAAAUCAAACAAUUCCUCAUCAAUACGCACCCGCCAAGAAGCAGCAGCACAAACCCCAAAGAAGAUUCGAGGCGUCCUCGAACCACGUACAUGCGCUUUAAAGAAAAACCGACUUUUUCCAGAGCCAGCAAAAAUGCGGCACCAGCACUGACCCGCCUGCUCAGCGGCAUGGCUAUUGCGUGA